CGAGAAACCGCUCGUCGCAAGGGUGGUGUCUUGUUCAGGAUCCAGAAGGCUCAAGAUAGACUUCGCUUGUCGAUAAGCAGAGACUUUUCGAGGCUUGUUUCGUCAAGCGACUGUUGGUCUCUUGUCGAGUUGAGUGCCAGCAGGAGAGCCUUUUCUCUGUCGUCAUAGUCUUUGUAUCAGCGUAUAAGAUGCCCGUUGCUGGAACCAGCGCCAUCCUCUCGUCGCAUGUCGCCCUGGGGCGGCUACAGGAGGCGUGGAAGCGCAUGGACGACUCCCACCUGCGCGUGGACGCCAUCUUUGGCCGCCCCUCCAUCCAGCGCGCCAACUACACCGCCAUGCUCACCAGCAUCGCAGGAAUGACCCCCGACAAGCAGGUAGUCCACCCCGAUGGCAGAUGCCCCCACACAGGAGAUUUCGAUUACCUGUCUGUCUGUCUGUGUGUGUCAGAUGGAGGCCCUCAGCCAGCUCAAGCAGGAGGCGGCUGACGUCACCCAGACCAUGGCGGGCAUCGACGAGGAGUUCCGCCGGUCCAAGGACAACGGAAUGCAAAUAACCGUAGCUCAUCUCAGUGGUACGCGGCCAACACACACCGAGCCACCGGUGCACUCCCACAACGACAACUGCAACGUCCCUCUCGAUGAUCCGCACCUCCAUAUCGCUGGCUGGUAUCUGCGUGUGUCAGGGAAGCGUUCGGUUCUGGAUGUGACUCCGUACGACACUGUUGAAGAGGUCAAGGCCAAGAUUCAGGACAGGGAGGGCAUCCCGCCGGACCAGCAGCGGCUCAUCUUUGCUGGGAAGCAACUGGAGGACGGGCGCCUCCUCGCCGACUACAACAUCCGACACGGGGCAACCCUCCACCUCGUGCUGCGACUCCGCGGUAGGGACACCUGCCUGUCUGCCUGCCUUCCUGCCUGCCUCCUACACACGCAGAGGGUCUCUGAUGGAUUUUGUCUCUUCAUUCCAUCUGCUCAGGCGGUAUGUUUCACAUCAGCAGUGGUCGUGAGGGCUGGGGUUCGGCCGAGAUGACCGAUGGGGAGCGCCAGAGGCAGGAGCAGCGGGUGGCCAUGGCCAAAGAGCGGCUCGCCGACCUGGGCAUCGACAACACGGGCAUCGAGAACGACGAAGAGCUCAUCGACGAGGCCAUCUUCAAUGACCACGAGCUCGAGGCUGCCAAGGGCUGCAAGGAGGACGGCUACGGACAGGCCCUCGUCGAUGCCUGGAGCAACAACGAGGAGGUGAGCCAGACGACACACACACACACACACUCACACACAGGGGGUCGUGAAUGUGUGCGUGUGCUUCGUUGUCAUGGCCAGGUGCUAGAGAUGGUUCGUGAGCUGACGGCGGCGUUCGAGACGAUGAGCGCCACGAGCGACCGUCUGGUGCAGCGGCUCUCCAUCUAAACACACAACACAACACAUAAAUAUGGUGAGGGAAUGGCAUGCCAGCCACAUUACACACGACACACACGCUCUCGUAUGUAUGUGCCUGUGUGCUUUUGUGUUUGUGUGUGUCUGUCUGCAGUAGAAUGCGGUGCGCUGUCGGCACCGUGUACCACUGCUGUUUUUUCUAUCUAAG